GCAUUCGCCCUUAGAUACCAAAGAAGCAACAAAUUCUUGGCACACGGGAAGUGUUUAUACUCUGAAAUAGCUUCACGAAUUGAGGAUAACAUCGCAGAUAUCUCUUCAUAAACGCCAAAUGGCUGAAGCAUACCAUAAAGAAGCCUUACGAAAGCAAAGAAUCAUCGACAAAAAGAAUGCAGCAUUAGCAAGAAUUGCCGUUCGACAGGUUUGAAGUUCUUCGCCUUUUGCCCGGCAUGUUUUGUGUUUGCGAGUAGGAAAUUAUUCACGCUGCUAUUUGACGGUUGUUGAACUGUCGAACAUUUCUAUUAAAUGAUAAGCUAGUAUCUUAGAAUUCUAGUCGAUAAUUAAAUAUAUUCAGAAAGGCUCACUAUUCUGCGUUGAACUCUUAAGCUGAACUUCAUUGAAAUUCGAGUAGUUUGGUAAUUAGCUGUUUGCAUAAACUACGAGCGGAAUGUUUUAAUAGCUUUGAGUCGCAGAGAAUGAUUUUGUUGUUGUAUUUGAUCCAGGAAAUAGCCUUCCAAUAGUGCAGCUUUUUAGAGUGAAAUAAUGCUCAAGAAAUUUUGUACGCUUCAAAUUUAGCCCAGCUGUAUACAGUUGUAAUGCCCGAGGCAAUAUGGAGACAGGCGACGUAACCGAGCUUGAAUUUUGAUUACAAACGGGAAUUUCAUUUUGUUUUUAAAAUACUUUGACGACAUCGACUCUGAAAGUGAUUUAUUCAAAGAUGAGCACAGCUAUGACUGAUAAAGGACUAUGACGAUUUUAAUUUGAGACAUUUAUUUUUCUAACAAAGCAUUUACUCUACUUUCCUUGGCGUAGAUUGAUUAAUUAUUUUUAAGGGAUCCUUAUGCACAAAAAAACCUUGUAUCUAGCUUGAGUUUCUAGCCAGCUGUUGUACUCACAGGUGCUGAGGUUAACUGGGUGUUUGGAGAAGGUUUGAACAAUGAAGGAGGUGAUACCCUGGUGAAGAGGGUAUUUUUUUAGUUGGGUGUAACUGUUCUGAGGCAGGACAGCAACUCACUAGCCAUCCGUGCACUUGUUACUUAGGUGUGGAGAACCUAAGUAUUGUGUUCAUCAACCUUUAUAACACUGGCUUCCUUUCUCUCUUUAUCUCUCAUACACUCAUGCCUCUUCUUUUCCUUUACCCAGAUAUUUAUGCUUUUUCUUUUAUUCCAGCAACUGGAAGAUGACAGAAGAAGGUCUGAAGAACAAAGACACAGACAUGAAAUGGCUGAGAGGGAGCAUGAAAAGGCAAGGAAGAGAGAAGAAUACUUAAGCAGUAUGGGCAGAACUGGCAGGAGUACACAGGGAGUGAUCAAUGCCAAUUUUGUCCACAUGCCUAAAGAAAAGAAGAAUAAAAUUUGCCAGAAAGAUCUACGUCACCAGGAAAGAGUAUUGCGUGACAGUUGCCUUGUGAUGGGUAGAGUGAAUGAGUAUUUUCUAGCAUGACAAAAACUGGUUGCUCACAGCAUACAUGACUAAACUGAAAUAACAUGUUUUACUCUUGAUUAGAUGUGUUACAGUUUGGGCCCUGGAUGUUUUCCAUCUAUGUCAGUGUUCAUCAUCCUUGAAUUUUCUGUUUGUUAUUGUUUUUGUCUGUUUGGUAAUUUGGGCAUCCCACCCCUUAAUCUUUUUGGGAUGAAGCAAAUAUUUGGCACGUAAAAAAAAAGAUUCCAAUUACUGUGACAUUUCAAAUCUGGUAACUUUUAUCCUCACAAGACAGGAAAUUGUAAGAUUUUUGUCUUUUUGUGGCAAAUAAUUAUGACAAGUUCAGAUUGUAAAAGUAAUUUUGAAACCUUGUUAUCAUAAUGUGCAAUUUUGUUUACACAUAAUUUGAUACCAAAAUUAUCUCAUCACUUUAUUGUCAGAAUAAGCAGGAAAUGUCCAAAGUACAAUCCAUUUAACACUUCAGAGAAACUCACGUUUCAGGUCGAAGGUUAUAGAGCUGAUCAUUUACAAUAUCCCACCCUUAAAAAUUCUUGACUCAAAACAAACCCUUCAAAGGAUAAUUUAGCAAUUCAAGGUUUAGUGAGAGUUCAGUGAGUUCUGAAAAUCUAUAGUGAUUUUAAAUACUCGUGUAGCUGUAAAUUUGUCAGCUAGUGGUGCACAGAUAUGAUAUCCUUCUUGCAUGCAUGCAUCAAGGUAUUGUAUGUAAGACUGAUGUGACUAAUGCAGGAUAUAGCCUUUGAC